AUGAGGACCACAGCUAUAACUAUGGUGCUCGCAGGUGCGUUGGGCGCAAUCAACGCAGCWCCUAUCGAGGCCCUGAUUGCAAGAGAUCUCAUUGGAGCCCUACCUGCAUCUGCCGACUCGGAUGAACAACGUUUCCAGCCUCUAACGGACUUCGAUACGGAUGGUUGCUACUACACUUCUGCCAUCGACUCGAGUGGUAGGACCAACCCAGGCUUGCCUGUGCAGUCGGGAACCCCAGUCGCAGGCGAGUGCAGGGAGGCCAGCCGUUUGCAAAAUAACAAUGUCUACAGUCGCAAGCGAUGCAAUAAUGGCUGGUGUGCCAUCAUGUACGAGUACUACUUCGAAAGGGAUGUGACUGGCUUUGAGUUUGCGGGAUCCGUAACCAGUGGUCAUAGACAUGACUGGGAAAACAUCGUCAUCUUCACGCAGAAUAAUGUCGUCAAGCGAAUUGCUCCUUCAUGUCAUGGUAAAUAUGAGCAAGCCAUGAACACCCCCGGACCACUUGUGGGUGGAGACCGAGCCAAACUUGUGUUCAACAAGGACGGCCCUGCGACUCACUGCUGGAGAUUCGCCAAUGGAGACGACGAUGCGAGACAGGAGAAUUAUACUGGAAGGUGGUUUCUGGGCAAUCUUGUGGGGUAUAAUAACUGGCCUAGUCUGGAUCUGAGGCAGAAAUUAUUCGAUGCUUUCCAUGGAGGUAUCGCUCCGAAGCUGUGGGACUUCAAUGAUGCUUUUACAAAUAACUUGAGGAGCGCUUCGAAUGGGCAGACUGGAGGCUUUGAUCCUUCGAGAGAUGGGUGA